AUGCUUUCAACACAGAAUUCCAGGACGCUCAUGAGCCACAUCAGACAUACCGAGGAGGAAUCGAUCACUUUUAGAGUUGGAGGCGUUGAAGCCUUGACUGCCAUGGACAAAGUAUUGGGAGAGAACGAGAUGACGCGUGGCUCUGGAUCUGGAUCGGACUACUCGGAUCAGAGUGCUUUCGAGGAGACAGACGAGUUUGGCAAAAGGUUGUUGCAACACCAGCGGGACGUGCAGCGUCUUAACAAUGCAUUGCGGCCUGGACAGCAGGCUUUCAGGAAGGCACGACCACGAAUAAGAUCGGGCAAUAGGCUAGCACAGACGGAUGGUGUAGCAGAGACUGGAAUCGGUGAAAGGCCAGGCAGUGCAGAGAGUGCAGUCUCAGAGCCAGCUGUGAACCCGCCUCGACAGUGGGCAACGAAAGCCAAGCCGCGUAGUGAGUGGCUCAGGAGGAAGCAUGCGGCGGCAGCAGAUGGUCUGGAGCCAGAUGCACACAGGGCGGACGAAGGCGUCAUAAUGCCUCAUGUAACGGCCUAUACUGGAGACGAGGACUGGAUUGCUGUAGCGGAGGAGCCAUUGGAUCCAAACGAAACCACACCACCUUCUAUGAGACGGCGAAGGAGGGAGUCAACACCCUCAUCCAUGCAGCAUAUGAAUACCACCAUCAACGGUGCUGAGGGUGGCGAAGAUCACGACUUUACAGCCGCGGAUCUACUUGCCUCGACGCCUGCAUUAAAUCGACGAAAUCGCCGGAUAGAUGAGCUUACCCGCCAAGAGAUAGCAUCGAUCGAGAAGCGAGGCGUCACAAAGCGCAACCUGGAGCAGAUUCUGGACCACACUACACUCAAGACAACUGAAGUGCGUCCAGUAUCAGCCCCUUCAGGCGAGUUUGUAAGCCCUCCACGACGAAGACGAAGUCUCAUGGCCAACAAAGAGAACCUCCCACCCAAUGGCGAAGUGAAUGGCACUUACAAAGGUGCCGAGACAGUCGGUUUGGUGAAUCGCACAGCGGAAGCCGUGACAUUCAAGAACGCACAGCGACCCGCACACAAGCGUACGGACUCUUACAACCUGCUUAAGAAGCUGGCUAGAGUUUCUAGUUUGUCUCCUAGUCCUGCGAAGCCACAAAAUGAGGAAGAGACCGCCGCUGUUGACAAGAGAACGAAGAGUGUACCGGAGCUGGACUUUGGGCCGCUGGGUGCGAAGAGUGCUAACAGUGACUAUCUUGCCAUGGCAAGGCCGAAGAGUGCUGGUGCUAAAUUUGCGGAGAAGAGACGCGAGCAGGAGUUGCUCGAUCGUGCGAACGAAGAACAGCUAGAGGUGCCUGUUGAGGAAGCGGGAGAGCAGCAUGACGAUGCACCUCCUGAACUCAAGAUCGACCCGCCAGAUAUCGAUGACAUGCCAGCGCCACAGCCUCCCGUGAAAGAUAGCAAGGCACCUCUAGUUACUGGUGCUUGGCUCGAUACUCCCGGACCUAUGACAGACUUGCGACCAUUACUGAAAACAACGGAUUCAGAGAUCAAUCGUGCGUUUGGAACACCAUCAGCUAUCGCCACCUUGGAGCCGAGGGAUGAUCCUUUGGGCAACGAUGGGAGGCGCAUAGUCAGCGAACCUGUCCUAGCCAAGUCCGCACUUGCAGAUGUGCUAAAGGAUGUCGUCAAUGAACCAGACUUGGAGCUUGGCGACACGACUAUACAAUCGUUAGAAGACAUUGUGGAUCCGGACACGGAAGUAACAGAUACUGUCGCAUCGAUGGACGUCACUGCAGUGGCGCAAGAAGUGAUCGAUGCUAUUGAUGCUGCGGAUGGUGCAGCCUCAGAUCCUCUCACUCAAGCCGAGAGGGAUAGGCGGCAAGAAAGGCUCGCGAUCGAAUCAAUGAACAAACAUCUCCGCGCUGCACGCACAAGCAUCAAAGAUGCGAAUAGAGGUCUCCGACGAGUCGAGAAUAAGAUCGAGACCGUGCAGGCUGCUUCCACGCCAAUAGCGCCCGAGACUAUCAUCCACAUCACGGACGAUGGCCGGCACAUCUGCCCAGCGUGCGGCUCCCAUCCUUCCGUACCACCACACUCAGCCUGGGGAGCGCUGUGGCGCGAAUUCACAUCCUGCUUCUACACCCUCCCUCCCACAAGCUCAACCACCGACCUCCUCUCCCGCCUCCGCAACAUCCACCUAACAUACCUCGGCCUCUUCUGCACCCUCUGGCUCCUCUGGUUCGCAGUCGAAAGCGUACUCUGCUACCACUACUGCCCCGUACUCUACGCCGACAAAAUGGUCGGGUACGGAGUCAAAGAGUGGAAUCCGCCUCAAUUCCCCUUCGUCAUACCCACCGUUCUAUUUCGGCCUUGGAAGCAUCUUUGGGGUCCUGUGGUACAGAGCCUCGGGUGGUGGGCUGGUACGGGAGUCAAUUGGGUGUUUGGCGAGGGAUGGGUGGACGUUACGGAGCCGGUGGUUGUGGUUCCGAAAUUGAGAAUGCCGACGAGGGGUUUAGGGUGGGCUAGUGCGGCUACGGCGAGUGCUGUUAGGGCUAGUGAGAGGGUUGUUUGGAGUGCUGUUGAGGCUGGAGAGGAGGUUGGGAGUAUUUGGGAUGAUGCGAUUAUGAUUCAGUAG